AUGCCCGCCAUCCCGCAUCCAGAACAUGGACAGUCUCCAGCAACACUCCCCAUCCGCAGACACAGAUUCGAGACCCCCAAACUCCGCGUCCAUCUGGAAGACAUCAGCCACGAAGGCAGCUCAAACUUCCUCUCCAACAUCAAAGGAAACGAGGACCUCGACACACAAGUCCAGAAUGUGCUCAAUCUCCUCUACACACCUGACGCCCACAGGCCAGGCACCAGAUCCGUCACUUUCAUCCUGCGAGAUAUGGGUGGCGUUGCCUACACGACGGGCAUGUAUCUCGAUGACGACCACAAGGAGAUCCACAUCAGUCUGGCAUACAUCAAGAACAAGCCUCGCGAUGAGAUGUUAGGUGUUAUUUGUCAUGAGCUCGUUCACUGUUUCCAAUGGAACGCUGAGGGGACAUGUCCCGGUGGCCUGAUCGAAGGCAUAGCGGACUGGGUGCGUUUGAGGGCAGGUCUUGCUGCAAAGCACUGGAAGCAGGAAGCUAGUGGGAACUGGGAUGGAGGUUAUCAACACACGGGCUUCUUCCUCGAAUACCUCGAGAAUAGGUUUGGGCCUGGAACGGUGCAGAAGAUCAACAUAUGUUUGAGGAAGGGAAAGUACGAUGAGAAGGAUCUGUUCGGAAGCUGCUGUGAGGGUCAUAAAGUUGAUGAGCUGUGGGAGGAUUAUCGAGAGCAUUUGAAGAAGAAAAAGAAGCAUGAAGAUGACGACAAGGCUACGAGUGAGAAGGCGAAUGCUCAGGAUGAAGAUGAGCAUGAGAGGUGA